CACCUGCAGUCGCACAGUGGUUGUGUGUUUGAUUCAUACUGUAGCUAGAGAGAGGAGACGAGGAAGUAGCGGGUGAGUGAUGGUAAUGAAUUCAGGUGACGCUAUUAUAAUAAUAUCCAGCGUAAUAGCUCCAAAAUGGCAGAUUUAUGGGCAGAUGUAUAUAACAGCGCAGCGCUGCUUGAGGAGAUAGCCCCCAAUGCUGUUGAUGCCGCCCUCCUGCAAGGAAUUGUUAUGAGGACAAAGGAGAGUCCAAAUGCAUCUGAUGUGGUAAAUUUUGCUCCAUUCACUUUGCUUCCUUCUCCUGUGCCGAGACACCUCUUUAAACAAGCAAAGUCUGUCCAAGAAGAUUUUAACUUGCUGGUGGAUCGCCUGAGCCAGAACCUGUCAUUCCUGGAGAGUGCGCUUUCAAGCACCAUAAAAGUGGACGACUUCAUAGAGCGUCUUUUCAAAAUUUAUAGACACGUGCUGGAUGAAGGCCUGGCUCAGACUGUGUUUUUGGGCAUCAAUCGCUCAGACUACAUGUUUGACUGCAGAGCAGAUGGGACCACAGCUCUGAAACAGAUUGAGAUUAAUACUAUUGCAGCCAGUUUUGGGGGACUCUCAUCUCGGACUCCUGCGGUGCACCAACACGUCCUGAAGGCACUCGGGAAACCAGAAGAAGCUUGUAAGAUUCUGUCAAACAACCCAUCACUUGGGAUAUCCCGAGCGAUUGCUAAGGCUUGGGAACUGUAUGGCUCACAAAAGGCUGUUGUCAUGUUUUUGGUUGAGAGUGUACAGAGGAACAUUUUUGAUCACCGGUACAUAGAGAAUGAACUGUGGAACAGAAAUAUCAAAGUGAUUAGGAGACGCCUCACGGAUGUCUAUGAGAGAGGAUCAUUGGAUGAAAAGAAAUGUCUCUAUGUGGAUGGCUAUGAGGUGGCAGUGGCGUAUUUCAGAACUGGAUAUAUGCCUGAGGAUUACAGUGAGCAGGCUUGGGAAGCUCGUCUUAUGAUGGAAAGAUCCAGAGCAGUGAAAUGCCCAGACAUAGCAACCCAACUGGUCGGUACCAAGAAGGUGCAGCAGGAACUGAGCCGCCCUCUUGUCCUGGAAAAGUUUCUGCCUGACAAACCAGAGGCCGUUUCCCGAAUCAGAGAGACUUUUGCAGGCCUGUACUCCUUAGAUAUUGGUGAAGAAGGAAACCACACUGUGAAGAUAGCACUGGCAAACGCAGACCAAUAUGUAUUAAAACCACAACGAGAAGGCGGAGGAAAUAAUAUCUAUGGUGAUGAAAUCAGAGAAGUGCUAGAAAGGGUCAAAGAUAGCACGGAGCGUACUUCUUACAUUCUGAUGGAUAAGAUCAAGCCUCAGCCAGUAAGGAGCUGUCUCCUGAGAGCCAAUAGCAAAGUACAAGUGUCAGAAUGCAUCAGUGAGCUGGGUAUGUUUGGAGUCUAUGUGAGGCAAGGUGACAAGAUGGUUCUCAAUGAAGGUGUGGGUCAUCUUCUUAGGACAAAAGCCACUGAGCACGCUGAUGGUGGUGUGGCAGCUGGAGUCGCAGUCCUGGACAAUCCUUACCUCGUUUAGGGAUCCUGUGUGACCUCUGACACUCAAAGUGCCUAACUCCCCAUGCUGGACACUGGAGGAAGUUCUGUACAUCUGGUUCAUUAAAGCCCACAUGUUGGCGUUUUAAUCUUGGUUGUCAUCUUCCAACAGGACAUACAUAUUUGCCAAUGAAGGGCCUCUGAGACUGGUACAAUUCUGAAACUAAAUAGUACAUUAUUUUAAUUUUAUAAAAUUGCCUCAUUGAACAAUUUUAUUCAAGUGAUGUGGUAAAAUGAACCCUUAUUUUCACCAGCACACAAUUAUACAAUAGUCUGAAAAAACUAGAUUUUUGUACUUGCUGUAAAAUGUGUUUCUCUUCCGUAUCAUUGGGGGACACGGGGUUGACCAUGGGUAUAGCUGUUGCCACUAGGAGGCGACACUAAGCACAAAGUUGUGAGCACAUCCCUCCAGCUAUACCCUUCCUACAGGGACUAAGCUAAAUCAGUUAGUCCAAAAGUAGUAGGAGAAGCAAGACAAAAACAGGAAAACCAAACAAUGUAGAAAACCAGAACAACGCAGGCCAGAAAAGGCCUGUAAACGAGAGAACGGGCGGGAGCCGUUUCUCCCAAUGAAGGGGAGAGAAACAGAUUUUACAGUAAGUACUAAAAUCUCAUUUUCUGAUCCGUAUCAUUGGGGCGCACAGGCUUGACUAUGGGAUGUUACAGAGCAGUCCCAAAGGUUGGCAUAAACAAGAACCCUCCAGCCAAUCAGAGAACCACCGCCUGCAAAAUUCUACGCCCCAGAGAAGCGUCAGAAGACGCAAAGGUGUGUACUCUGUAAAAUUUGGAAACGGUGUGCAAAGAGCUGAAGCCCCAUGAUGCACUGCCCGAGCAGAAUGAGCAGUAACCUGGAAGGGUGUGGCUCGGUCACUGACGCGGUACGCUUCCACAAUGGCCAAACAAAUCCAUCGGGAAAUGGAAGUUUUAGACGCAGCCAGCCCUCGUCUCAGCCCCUCUGGAAUGACCAACAAGGAAUCCGUCUGUCGGAAAGAGGACAUCUGGGACAGAUAGAUGCGAACGGCUCGUACCAAAUCCACAGUGUGGAGCGGCUGUUCAUGAGGAUGAGACUGGGCAGGACAAAAUUAAGGUAGAAUGAUCUCUUCAUUGAAAUGGAAUACUGACACAACCUUCGGAAGGAAGGACUGAACAGGGCAAAGGACUACCUUGUCCUGAUGGAGGAUCAGGAAAGGCGUCCGACAGGAAAGAGCUGCGAGUUCCAACACCCUACGGAUGGAAGUGAUGGCCACCAAAAAGGCCACCUUGUAGGACAGGAAACGAAACGACAUCUGCUGCAAAGGCUCAAACGGUGAAGACUGAAGGGCGCUGAGCACUAGAUUAAGAUCCCGAAGAUUCAACGGAGGACAGAGAGGGGGUGCAGCAUGCGCAACCCCCUGCAGAAAGGUCCGAACCGCAGAAAGCGAAGCCAAGUUCUGCUGAAAAAGAAUGGAAACUUGCCCUUUGAGAGAGCUGAGAGACAGCCCCUAGUCCAUGCCCAACUGCAGGAAAGACAAGUGUUGUGGCAACGAGAAAUGAAUGGGAGACAGCUGGUGACGCUCGCACCAACAAAAGUAGGACUUCCAGGUCCAGUGGUAGAUUAGGGAAGAUGAUGGCUUCCUGGCACGAAUCAUGGUCUGGACAACAGCAUCCGAGAAACCCCAAGUCCUUAGUACGGUGGUUUCAACAGUUACGACCCUAAAUUCGGGUGGGAAUCACCGUAGGGAACCUGUAAAGGGGAGGGAGAAGGAAGGAGGGUAGCACUUUGGGGGCCAGAAAAUACUCACGCAUCCGGUGUCUUCUGCCACCCUGGCUCCAGCCGGAUCACCACCUUCGGUGUGCUGCCCCUUGCGGAGGGCCGCUACACCAGAAACAGAGGGGACUUGUAGUGGGCGGCCGUGGUGACCCGAAGGCUGGCGGGAUGCAAAGGCUUUAGGAACCUAUGGUCCUUCUUGACUUUGACUUCUGGAGACCGGGAAGGAGCAGCAGGCUUAGGGACCCCCUGGUCUUCUGUUUCCUGGGUGGUAGUGCAGGCAGCUAAGACUGCCUGAAAUCCCGCUAGAAGAAAG